CAGGAGGCGGUGCAGUGGGGCUUCUGUCCAUGGUGCUGAAGGAUUCGGCAGGCUCUGUCCGGGGUGCUGAUCAGACUCCAGGGGGGUGUUGGGCUCUCACUCUUAAGCUGCUUGUCACACUCCUUCAGUCCACUUCUGAGCCGGUUCCGGUCGUGUGUGCGCUUCGGGUUGAAGCCGCUGCAGCAGAAGAAGAGAGGGGGUACAAAGUGAAUCUUUUCAGCCCCGGAGAUGUCGGAUCGGAGGGGGAGGGGAGGGCAGUAGUCUGAGCGGAAGAAAAUGAGUUAAAAAGGUCAAACACUCAGCCACCGGUGGACCAGGGGAGAGCCAAUCAACUGAGAGGACGAGCCACAGCAUCAAAAUGAGCCAAGAAACAACAGAGACACGAACAAGAACCCGCUCUAAGGCCAUCCGAGAACUUGCAGGACAAGACAUGAAGCCGGAGUUAAGCAGCAGCUGCCCCACCCCUGGAUGUGACGGUAAAGGCCACGUCAGCGGACGAUACUCUCGACACAGAAGUGCACUGGGAUGCCCGAUUGUGAAGAAAAGGAAGCUGGAGGAGGCGGAGGCUGAGGAGAACCAGUCCGCCCCCAAGAGGAGGAACCAGCCAACCAAACAGGCAGCCGACGAGGGACUCAAUGCCGACAGUGACACGGCGGAGGAGGAGGAGGAACAAAAAGAGGAGGAGGAGGAGGACAAUGAAGGAGUUCUGAAAGAGAAUAAGAAAAAUAAAACAAAAGGCAGGCCAGAGUCCACAAAAACGGACUCCCCACUGGUGACGCCCGAGGAGCCAGAACAAACAACAACAACAGAAGUUUGUCUCCUGGCAGAAGACGUGAAAAAUGAAAGUGUCGCCUCAGAAACCGAGACUCUAACAGAGAACGAAACUGAAAGUGAGAAAAUCAGCGAGGAAGAGAAGCCGGAGAUCCUCAGCGAAGAUCAGCAGCAGGAAGAAACAGACACAAACGAGGCCGAGGAGGAGGAGGAGGAGGAAGAAGUGAUAGUUCAGCAGGUGGCAGAAGAACAACCAUCAGAGCGAGCAGCAGAAGAAGCUGAUGUUACUGAGCUUAAAGAGACAGAAGAGGAGGAAGAGGUGGCAGAAGAAGAAGAGGAUGAAGAAGAAGAAAAGGUAGAGGAAGAGCAGCAAGAGAAUUUUGUAGAAGAAAGGCAGAUGAUGAGCCAGGAAAACUCUGAUCACCAGUACUCCAGCGGAGAUUACAACUAUCAGGCCAAAGAAUCUAUAGCGGAGCAGAGUCAGAGGGAGGAACAGGAUGAUGAAGAAGAAGAGGACGAGGAGGAGGAAGAAGAGGAGGAAGAAGAGGAGAGGGAGGUCCACCAAGAAGUCAACACUCUUUACACUUUCAGUCCACACACUCAGGGAUCUGAAGCCGAGGAUUUAAUAAGAGCAGUGAAGAUCUGCACCCCCAUGACCGAGGAAGAGGAGGACGACGAAGAGCAGGAGGAGGAGGAGAGAGAGGAGGAUGAGAGGCAGGGGAAGGAAGACGGGGAGGUGCUAGUGGAGGACGAAGAGGAGGAGGACCAAGCAUCCAGCAAAGGCUCCCCAACGACCGUGGUCAUAGAAGUGCGCUCUGAGGAGGACGACGAAGAGGACGACGAGGAGGAGGAGGAGGAGGAAGAAGAAGAGGAGGAGGAGGAGGAGGAUCGCGUCUCAGAGGGCUCGGGGAUCACAGACGACUCUGAGAAUUGGGAUAUGACUCGGGGGAACCUGGGGCUGCUGGAGCAGGCCAUCGCCCUGAAGGCGGAGGAGGUGAAGGGAGGUCAGGAGUCGCAGAGUUCGCCGGAGUAUCAUCCGUACAGCUCCUCCAGCAAGAGCUCCGAGCCCGCCUCUGCAGCCCGCCGGCCCUCACACUACAGCAAAGAAAAGAAGGAAGUGAAGUGUCCGACCCCGGGUUGUGAUGGGACGGGUCAUGUGACCGGUCUGUACCCUCACCAUCGUAGUCUGUCCGGAUGUCCUCACAAAGACAGAAUCCCUCCAGAGAUUCUGGCCAUGCACGAGAACAUCCUGAAGUGUCCGACCCCCGGCUGCACGGGCCAAGGCCAUGUGAACAGCAACCGCAACACUCACCGCAGUCUGUCCGGCUGCCCCAUCGCUGCAGCAGUGAAGCUGAACAAAGGCCAGGACAAGCAGGUUCAUUUACAGGCUCCAUCCAGCGAACCCUCUUCCAACUCUGACAGAGUGCUCAGGCCCAUGUGUUUUGUGAAACAGCUGGAGAUCCCUCAGUAUGGCAGCUUCAGGCCAAACACAGUGACCACCACGCCCCGCGCCAACCUGGCCAAGGAGCUGGAGAAAUACUCCAAGGUGUCUUUUGACUAUGCAAGCUUCGACGUCCAGGUGUUUGGAAAGCGCAUGCUCAUUCCAAAGACGCCCAGCAGCACUGAAACAUCACCUAAAGCCUUCAAAUCUAAACCAUUCCCUAAGGCCCCCUCCCCAAGCCACAGCGUGUCAGGAGGUUUCCCUAAGAGCGCUUCGUCAUCCUCCAGUGGUUACGACUACAGCCAGGACGCAGAGGCGGCUCACAUGGCGGCAACAGCCAUCCUCAACCUGUCCACACGCUGCUGGGAGAGACCCGAGACCCUCAGCACCAAGCCCAGGGAACCCUGCCCCAAGGAGUCGGACAUUGAAGUGGACGAGAAUGGCACCUUGGACCUCAGCAUGAAGAAGACAAAGAGGGAGGGAAUGCCGCUCCCAGAGCCCUCAUCGUCCUCGUCUUCAUCCUCUCAACUCAUCCCAGCCUCCUUGUCUCAGGGCCACGCUCAGCCAGAGUGGGAGGGGCCGCUGGACUUCACCAAAUCCAGUGGGGUCAAAGAGGAAGACCACGAAGAGGUGGAGUGUGCGGCUCCCUCUUAUACUUCGUCUGACUGUGAGGAGGAGGACCCGGAGAACCUGGAGGACAGGACAUACCCCGGUGAGGUCACCACCAGCAGCUUCAAGGUCAAGUUUCCACCCAAAGACAGCAAAAAGGACAUUCUCAUAUGUCCCACUCCGGGCUGUGACGGCAGCGGACACAUCACCGGCAACUACGCAUCACAUCGAAGUCUGUCAGGCUGUCCUCUUGCUGAUAAAUCACUUCGGACCCUCAUGGCUGCCCACACAGCUGAACUAAAGUGUCCGACUCCAGGUUGCGACGGUUCAGGCCACAUCACAGGAAACUACGCUUCACAUAGAAGUCUGUCCGGAUGCCCUCGAGCCAAGAAAAGUGGAAUCAAAGUGACCCCCACCAAGGACGACAAGGAGGACUCAGAACUGCUCAGGUGUCCAGUUCCUGGCUGUGACAGUCUGGGCCACAUCAGUGGGAAGUAUGCCACCCACCGCAGUGCCUACGGCUGUCCGCUUGCAGCACGCCGGCAGAAGGAAGGUCUUCUUAAUGGCACGCCGUUCUCCUGGAAGGCCUUCAAGACUGAGGGCCCAACCUGCCCGACGCCAGGAUGUGACGGCUCUGGACAUGCAAACGGAAGCUUCCUUACACAUCGCAGUCUCUCAGGUUGUCCCAGAGCUUCAGCCAACAAGAAAAGGACCAAGUUCCCAGGAGACGAGUACAUCACUGCAAAGUUUAGAGCCAGUGAUGUUCUGGACAACGACGAGGACAUCAAGCAGCUCAACAAGGAGAUCAACGAUCUGAGUGAGUCCAACUCAGAGAUGGAGGCCGACAUGAUGAACCUGCACACUCAGAUCUCUUCAAUGGAGAUGAACCUGAUGAACAUGGAGGAGGAGAAUAAACAAAUUGAGGACAAAAAUGAGGCCUUGUUCCUGGAGCUAUCCGGCCUGAGUCAGGCGCUGAUCCGCAGCCUGACCAACAUCCGCCUGCCUACAAUGCAGGAGCCGAUGUCCGAGCAGAACUUCGACAGCUACGUCGACACCCUGACCCACAUGUUUACCAAUAAAGACUGCUACCAGAACCCUGAGAACCGGGCUCUGCUCGAGUCCAUCAACCAGGCGGUGAAGGGCAUCGAGGUUUGACGGAGAGAAAGAAGAGGACGGGGGGGGGGGCAUCACAGUGACAACUCCAAUCUUUCUUUCCAAACCCUUUAGAUACUGUAUGUAAUUAAUUCUUCUCAUUUGGAACUUUGUCAUCUGUUCUUUGCAUUUGUUUGCUGUUUGCAUGUUGCUUUUUAUGACGGUAUGUGUGAAGACAUGAGGGUGUGGGUGUAAAGCGUGUGGUGGUACACCGGAAUCAAACUGUUACUGUAAGCGAAGGGGCGACCCGAGGUCGAAAACAGAACAAAAUCAGGAGUGCAGUAUACGGCCUUAGCUGAGCAGAUCCUCUUAGUUAGUGAACACUUCCCAUCUCCAUUCGAUAAUGUUGAUAGUAUUCUAUAUGAGCAUAGUGAUGUUGCACCUCCAGGACUAGUUUGUAGAUUCAUUCUUACUAUUGCUGUGUAACUAUUUAAGUCCUUUGCAAAAUGUUGGUUUAAUAACUUAUUCAUUCAUGUCUGCUGUAUUUAUUUUCUUCUUUGGCCUAUUUAUUAUUCAUUAUCUAUUUAUUAAUCUUCUGUUUGAUUUUAAAUCACUACCUGAGAAGAUUUUAAAACCAAGAGGCAGGAAAUCAUUUCCUCUGCGUUGUUGGACAAAGAGGAAAUAUUUUAAGAUAUCAACUAUGAAUUGUUUUAUAUAUCUUAUUAUUUAUUUAAAAAUACUGGGAUCUUUUUAAGUGCAAAUAUUUUGUAACUGAAAGUUUUUUAAUAAUUUUCUAAAGAGUUUUGUUUGUUUUUUUCGGUGCUUCUGUUUAUAUGAUUUUUCCUUUUUAUUUUCACAAACUAUUUUCAGUACAUUGCAAUACACUGGGAAUAACGAGCUGCACAUAUAUUUGGUAUUUAUUUGGUGAUGAAGAACAAAGUGAUGGUGAAUAUUUAUUUUGUAUUGUCUGUGUUAACGAUGGCUGUGUACGAAUUAGUCUUUACGUUGCUCUUGAAAUAAAGGUUAACCCGCAGAACA